AACAAUAAAAGAUUUUUUUUAAAGAUUGAUUUAUUAACUUAUCCAACAGAUCUGACUUGAAAGGUUCUUUCUGUGCACCUGCAUUCUGUACAACUGCAUUUCAUCGUGAAGAGAUCAUUAGUGAAGAUCAGAUCCAGGGAAUGAGUGGAGGGUGAUCAAUGAGACGGAGAGGACGAGGAGUCUCAAGCAUAUUAGCUGCUACUUAAACAUAAUCUGGGGGAAGACUCCUCCCUGCCAUUGCACCGAGAAGCCAUUGCCGGCACCUCUUUGCCCAUUUCACGAGUACUAAUGGUGGGAUAAGACCAAUUCAAAGAGAGUGGAUUGUAACGGGAAUCAUCUAUCCAUCAAUUUGAUUACAUACAGCUUUGCAAGCAAGUUUCGGUGAUUGCAUUAAAGUAAUCACUACUGCUGUCCAUCUUGUGCUUGGAUUUUUUAAAUUGCAAUUCCUAAUGACCUGGACUGGAUUUCCUGAUGGAUAAACUUUAGAUCAACAGUCUCAAUUUCAUCCGUAGCCAUUCACACAGCCCAUGGCUGCAUAACAGACUAUUCUGAAAAACUAUUUUCUUUUAUUAACUGCAAUACAACAGAAUGCAGAAGCAGGUGGAGAUCAGAAUGCAUGAGAAUCAUUUAGACCCUCCUCCAGCAAGUGAGAAAUCUACGUGUGGAGGCAUCUGUGACAAAUUCAUAAAGAACUUGCUACUAACACUCACAAUUCUUGGAGUGAUUACAGGCUCAGUAGCUGGUAUUUUACUGCGGUACGCAUCUCCACUCCCCGCUGAUAUCAUUAUGAUCAUUGCCUUUCCUGGUGAUAUUCUUAUGAGGAUGUUGAAAAUGGUGAUUUUACCUCUAAUCAUCUCAAGUUUGAUCACAGGAUUAGCAGGGUUGGAUGCAAAGUCCAGUGGUCGUCUGGGAACAAGAGCCAUGGUGUACUACAUGUCUACCACUAUCAUCGCAGCCGUGUUGGGGGUGAUCUUGGUUCUGCUCAUCCACCCUGGAAACCCCAAACUAAAGGCAAACCUGGGAGAAGGGAAAAAGAACGACGAGGUGUCCAGUUUAGAUGCCUUCUUCGAUCUCAUCAGAAAUCUGUUUCCAGAGAAUCUCGUUCAGGCUUGCUUUCAGCAGAUCCAGACUGUUACUAAUAAGGUAGACAUUACUCCUCCACAUCCAACUCGGUUUGGACGAAAUGUCACCAAGGGUGCAGCAAAAUAUGUGAUCAAGAAAUCUUUACAAUUCAAGGGCGGCAUGAAUGUAUUGGGUCUCAUUGGGUUCUUUGUGGCAUUUGGGAUUUGCAUGGGAAAGAUGGGAGAAAGAGCCAAGCUGAUGCUCGACUUCUUCAACGUCCUCAAUGAAAUCGUUAUGAGGCUUGUCGGCAUGAUCAUGUGGUAUUCCCCCGUUGGUAUUGCAUGUCUUAUCUGUGGAAAGAUUAUUUCCAUUAAUGAUCUGGAAGUGGUUGCCAAGCAGCUGGGAAUGUACAUGGUCACUGUCAUCAUUGGACUUAUCAUUCACGGUGGCAUUUUCCUACCAUUAAUAUAUUUUGUAAUUGUUCGGAAAAACCCGUUUUCGUUCUUUAUUGGAAUUUUCCAGGCCUGGGUCACUGCUUUAGGAACCGCGUCUAGUGCUGGGACAUUACCUGUAACUUUUCGCUGUCUGGAGGAAAAUCUAGGCAUUGACAAGAGGGUAACUCGAUUUGUACUACCUGUUGGAGCAACAAUCAACAUGGACGGUACCGCGCUUUACGAGGCCGUGGCGGCCAUCUUUAUUGCUCAGAUGAAUGGAAUAGAGCUUGAUCCUGGACAGAUUGUUACCGUCAGUCUUACAGCUACCCUCGCGAGUGUAGGAGCAGCCAGUAUUCCCAGUGCUGGCCUCGUGACUAUGCUACUAAUCCUGACUGCUGUGGGAUUACCAACUGAAGACAUCAGUUUGCUAGUGGCAGUUGACUGGUUACUGGAUCGGUUUCGAACAUCAGUCAAUGUUGUCGGUGAUUCAUACGGGGCUGGGAUUGUGUACCACCUCUCCAAAGAUGAGCUCGACAUGUUCGAUGCCCAGCAGAUAAGGGCAGAUGACUUUGAGAUGGCCAAGACGCAAUCCUUUUUUGAGAAUAACACUAACCAUGGUGUAUAUGCAUCACACAACUCCUAUCAGCAGGUCCCAGUAGAUGACUGCAAGGUAACCUUGACCUCAAAUGGCUCCCCUGUCGAGUUCUCACUUGUUGAGGAGGAACCAUGGAUACGCGAGUAACACAGCACACAGAUCCAGCUCCGCCUUAUCCUGACUCCCACAAGCUUAUCCUUUUGGGUGAAAACCAAAUGCAAAUAUUAUACUUAUAUACAAAUUAUGAGCAGUCAGACGUUACCACAAAACUUUCAAACGCACAAGCACUGACUUUUGUAUUAAAAUCUCACAAAGGGAAUGUAGAUAGGAGCAGUUCUAUUGAUGGUUUAGCUGGAGUGGAUUGACAAUAAAAAUUAUAUGCAGGUAGGAGGGGUCUUGGCAUAAAAGCACAUUAUUAUUGGGUCUUGGGUUCGAUGAUCAGUCAGAAAAGCUUCUGCCUUAAGGCCUCUCUAAAACAUGAAAGAUCAAAAUGGCUUAUUGCAUUCAGCCUGAGACCCCAGAUAGACUUUACUUACUUGACUCUAUACUAUAGAAUCACCGCUUGUGGAAGACGGAGAGAAGUGCAGGUUGUUUGCUCAAGACACUUGGUGACACAAGAUUAACCCUUUGAUGGCAUCACUCCAGAUCAGCCACUUAUAAGAGCUUACCAAAGUACUUAGAGGUUCUGAAAUAGUGGUUUCACUUCAAAUGCUGCCAUUUAUUUUUAAACGCUGUUGGACGUAAAUUCAACGUAAGCACUAACACAGCGUGAUCAGGUAUGGAGUGUAUGACAUUGACGCUGUUGUUUAUCUACAGGGACAUUUGGUUUAUAUAGAACCUCUUGAGGCUAUACAUUUCUAUGGAAAUCUAUAAAAUACAACAAAGCAGGUUUGCAUUUAUAUAUUUAUAGGUGUACAUGCAUAUGUCAGAGCACAUCUAAUCAUUUUGUUCGUGUUUGAAAGAAGGGACUUUGCAUGCUUUUACUGUACGUUUGUGUAGGUACUGUAUGUGUUCAGUGUGCGUUAUAAUUUAUUUAUGUAUUAAGUUACAAUCUUGCCUUGAGGACACACUGCAGAACUAUGCAGAUGGAAAACUACAUGACAUUCUUGUAUGACUAUAUUAACAUUCAAAGCUAUCAAAUUUCUCCUGCAUAUUCCUGCAGAUAUUCCACUAAGUCCCUGAUUUAUUUGGUAGAUUACCUGAUCAACAUUCCACUUUUUGCAUCAGUAUCUUUUUAUUGAAGUGCCUCCUUGCACUUGUGUAAAUAAAUACAUUUAUGGUAUAUUGUCAUAUUUAAGAUAUAUUUUUCAUGCAAACUAAACAAUAGUAUAGAUUUUCUAUAGAUAGAAUUCAAUUUAGUAUAUUGUUAUUUUACUAAUUUAAAUUUAAGUAGCUAUACAAUAUUUAAAAUAUAUAAUGUAUAUUAUAUGUGUUGUUAAAAUGUAUUUUUAAAUGUUUUGCUGGGAUAAUGACAUUAUGUAACUGCUACUGCUCUGUAUAUAGGGCAAAAGGUACACACAGUAUAGAUCUAUAAUAAAGCCACGGUACAACAACUUGAUACAGUUACUGACUUAUAGUUAUAAGCUAUAUUUAGAUUAAUUAUCCACUGUAAUAUUUGAAUUUGUGCAACACUUCUUGAGACAUUGUACAUCUUGAAAUUGUGUUCACUUUUUAAAUGGGUCUUUUUUCCAUUUUCUAUAAAACACUAAAUGU